AUGGCUGAGCGAGUCGUCGGAUGGCAGAUUGGAUACCGGCUGUACGGGUUUUCGGUAACGAUUGGUCGGGAAUGGACGAGUGGUCGCGAGGUCGUACGGAAUGCUGGCAGCAGCGGUAGUGACCGCGAGAAUGCUCGAGCAGAGGAGGGUGGUGGUGAUGGUGGUGGUGGUGGUGGUGAUGUAGUACCGGUAUGUGUGCAAUCGAUGAUCCUAAAGGCUGCAAGAAAGGCAAUUGUCAUUGGGUUGCGGUUCUAUUCUUAUUUUUUCUUGGAUGGCCAAGACAGAAAGGUCGGUCGCUGCAGGAGGAUCCUGUUCUGGAUCCUGAUCCUCGUUCGAUGGCUGCUGUGGAGUGUGGAGGAGGAGGAGGAGGAGGAGGGCGAGGGAACGGAGGAGGAACGACGAGGAAUUGAUUAUUCCGCACGGGGACGAGACGAGACGGGACGAGACGAGAAGAAGAAGAUUGAUUGA